AUGUCCAAUCCUAACCCCAAGAAAUCAACCUGCCGCUUCUCCACACGCAUCUCAAUCAGAUGGCUCCCAGAACCCGCCCAGGAAACGACCGAUACAAUCGUGAUGUCCGUGAAAGACUGGUACCUCGACCUGCGAAUAGAAAAGCAAACAGGCAAGAUUGACUGGGCGAUUGCCGGACAGCGGAUUAUCGAGAGUCAAGAGCCUUUGCGGGUAUCCUUCACCCAUGAGCUAGACUCCCACGAUGCAUUCGAGAGCGUCGACUGCGGGACUUUCGUCUCCUUGCCCAACGGCGACGACCUAGAGACGGGCAUGAUGCCCCGUCCCGAUCUCCCCGGUGCGCCCGAGACGGAGUACGAGGAGGUCUGGCGGGAAUUGGCGUUCCGAGAAGGCCCUGAGGGACCUAGAAAAGGUCUUUCGUGGGUGUUGGAGUCUGAAGAUGGGGAUGGGGAUUGUGGGGAAGCGGGAGAGGUUACAGUGACGAAGACUUUUAUCGGUCGCAUUUGGGGGACGUUUCUGGCUUUGCGACAAACUCAGACUCAUAUGAGACAGAAAACUGCUUCUGGAGGACUGGUGGUUAAAAAGUCCGGCGGUGAUGUUACUGCUAGGAGGGAAGAGUGGGGAUCGGGGUCGGGGUGGAGUGAGAAGUAUGCGGUUGGUGAUGCGGCGCAUACUUUGCCUUCGAUGAUGGCUGGAAUUGACGGGGAGGGUAUUGGAGCUUGGAGAAUACCUGGGGAGAAGGUACUGGUCCAAGGGAAGACUUACGUUGUUCGAGCCUUUGAGGAAGUCGAGUGA